AUGGUUACCUCAGCCGUCACAUUGAUGGGUGACUUCAAUGUCAAUAUCUCGCAUUCCCAGCCACAGCAUGCCCAGCCCCUUCUGGAUCUCUGUGGUGCAGAUGGCCUCACUAAUAUCGUCCACUCCGUUACGCGAGUCUCACCUCGGUGUCCAGCUGGCACUACUAUUGACCUGAUACUGACUACAGAGGAUAAGGAUUUGCAUGAUUGCCGAGUCCUGCCGCUUACACUCAGUGACCACUUUGGAGUUGAAGCAACCUUCAAUGCAAGACAUGCCCGGCCAGACAUCCCCAAGCAGCGUGUGCGUCGCCGUUUAGAUAACAUUGACUUGGUUGCCUUCCGACUUGACCUAGCUGCUGCUGAACUUCAUGUGUACCCACCAGACUCUGAUGUGCAAGCCAUGUGGGACCACUGGCAUCAACGAUUCCUUUCUGUCCUCGACAGGCAUGCGCCAUUGCAGCAAUGCAAGAUUAAGACAGGCAAGCUCCAUCCUCCAUGGUCUGACAGAGAGCUAUACAAGAUAAACCAGCUGAAGCGUCGCCUGCAUCGAAAGUGGCUUGCUGACAAAGCCAACUCUGAAGCUCACGCAGCAUAUAGACGUGCCCGCUCGGUUGCUGCGAAUACAAACAGGUGCAAACGCAACCAGUACUUCCAAAGUCAGUGCCAAGAUAAUUGCCAGAACCCACGCAAGUUAUGGUCAGUCCUAAAUACUGUGACUGGACGCAAGAGACAAUCAAUCCAGCCGACAUGCGACAUCGAACAUGUUGCGUCCACGUUUGGCAAGGUAGUCUCUGAUGAUGCUCGACCUUCAGUUCUCUCUAUGCCUCAGGGACCACAGCCUCGGUCUGCCCUGACCUCAUUCCAACAUGUGCGUGCCUGCGAUGCUGAACAGCUUUUGAAGCGCAUCGACCCGCGCAACGCAACUGGGAGCGACGGCAUCCCAGGCUUACUUCUAAAGUACUGUGCCGACCUGCUAGCACCAUCAGUUGCAGCACUUUUCAAUGCGUCCCUGACCUCCGGCACUGUACCCGCUGGCUUUAAGCGUGCGUAUGUGACCCCAUUGCACAAGGCUGGCGAUCCAUCUGUCGCCAACAAUUUCCGUCCUGUGUCCCUGCUCCCAAUUCUCUCGAAGCUGCUAGAGAAGGUGGUGCAGAAGGCACUUGUCACCUUUCUGGAUAUGGCUGGUUCUCUGCCCAGCACAUAG